AUUGUAUGCAGCUGUAUACUGGACUCUGAAGCGGACUUUGUGUGCGCUGAUGAUUUAUGACAUGGGGAGCCUGUGCAUCUGGAACAUGAACGGAAAGGGAAAACAUUCUGCAUAGCAGCACAAAAGCACCGCUGGCUUCCUUCCAUAAAACACUGGUGCUGAUGUUGCGAAAGGGAUGGGGAGGAGGCUUUGUGGGGGAGGGAACUCCCUGUGAGACUGCUCUGCUCGAUCAACAUCAGCACCAUCAAGUUAGACAGCGAAAUGCAAAUUCAUGGUAGUAGAAGAAGUAAGGAAGUUAUGCCUUCAAAAUAAAACAAGGUAUUGCCUUUGCAGGCAAUUCAACAGAUGCUUGACUAAUGGGUACUGGAACAGAUGAUACUUUUCACUCAAAUUUGGGGACUUUUAUCCAUGAAUUUGGAUAAGUAAAUGCAGGUCAAGGGAACGUGAACGAGAGAAUAAAUGGGGUUGGCUCUUGACCGGAAGAAGGAAACUGUCCGUUUGUGUAACUUGACAAUGGUUUCGUGCAGUCUCUGAGAAGCAGCAGAGCGAACAGGGCGGAGUGACAAGAAGAGAGAAAAGCUGCAUCUUUUUUUGCGUCUUCUUUAAUUGUGUAAAACAAAAAAAAUAAGGUAAGAAAAUGGGUAAGAGAAAUACUUAGAAGAAGGAGCAGAAUUUGUUCCAAUUUGUUUGCUCCUCAUCGGAUGCAGCACACGUUUGUGAUCUUGGAAGUCAAGUGGAUGGGAGUGAAGCAAAGUGACUCAAGUGGAGGAUUUCAAAACAACUUAAGAGAAUCAAGUGUCUCAUUUUUAUUAAUGAGGAUUUCACUCACAAUCAAAGAUCAGUUGUAAAAGUUUUGGAUUGUCAUCAAGAUUAAACUUGGAAACAAAGGGAUAAAAAGAAGCAAUUUUGGUAAUAACGUGAUCGAGGUGAGCGUUAUGGCCAUCAACACGGACACCGACUUCCUCAAGUCCAACCUGGGCGAGGGCGAGGGCGGCGGCGGAGGCGGAGGCGGAGGCGGAGGCGGAGGAGGAGGAGGAGGAGGCGCCCAACUGGCUGACUUCCAGGAGACCCAGAAGCUGCUGGCCGUCACCAGCGAGCCCGAGGGACACGGCCUCAAGAUGUCCUCGUCCUUCUCCGUCAACAUGGAGCACAACCAGACCAAGGGCCCGGAGGCGGACCACAACGGCCACGGGGUGAGCGUGAGGUCAGGCUCCGCGGGGCAGCUGUCCGCCGCAGCGCCCCUCUCCCCGUCCAAAGUCAGCCUGAGCCGCUCGUCCACCGGCAACGCGACGGUGCAGGAGAGCCCCAAGCCCCGAGACUACCUGAUCCUGGUCAUCAUCUCCUGCUUCUUCCCCGUGUGGCCCGUCAGCAUCGUGGCCCUCGUCUAUUCCAUCAUGUCCAGAAACAGUCUCCAGGCGGGGGACGUGGACGGGGCCAGAAGACUCGGUCGACUCGCUCGUCUGCUCAGUAUCGUCUCCAUCGUGCUGGGCGUGGUCGCCAUCAUCGUCUUCGUCUCACUUUCAGCAAUCAACUGACAAGGAAGACCCGAAGGAAAAAAACAAAACAGCCGUGAAGGCAAUACCACGGAUGCAACAACAACAAAAGCCCAUUCCAAAAAAAUAAAAUAAUAAUAAUAAUAAUGAUGUAUACAUAAAAGUUGAUACCUCUUUACUUCUACCGUUGCUGUAAUUAUGACAUCAUGAGAAAGCAAACACUCACGAUACCAGAAAGAAACCCGAGAUGCAUGCAUUAGGACUCCACUAACAUGUUUGCUUGACCAAAAAAUAAGAAUGAUACAAACCUGAUACCACAUUGUUAAGGAGAAAAACCAAAAAAAAAAAAAAAAAAAAAAAAAAAAAAAGAAAAGAAAAAAGAGAAAGAAGAUUUAGAUAUGUAUGCAAAUGUGUUGGGAAUAAACUUUUAAAAGGAGCAGAUGAGUGAGCAUAGAAGACUUUUUCUACAUCUGUGACGGGAUGCUUGAACACUUUUUCUCUUUGGACUUCAACAUUUGGACAGCGCCCAUAUAACCCUCAUAUAUUCCUGCUGCGUUGGAAGCCUAAACAGCUGACUCAUGAGAGAUAUACAUUUUAUAACAUGUUUGUAAUGUCAAGCUGGGACAGCGGAUGAAUCAGAUAAAAUAGGGAGAGGACGCAUUUGGAACGUUUUGGUUUUCUUUCACCAUUUUUUAUUUUUUAUUUUUUAAAACAGUGAGAGUAAUUGCAUGCCUCAAUGUGGAUGUGGAAAAUUCAGCCUCUGUAUUAUUGAUGGUUUUUAAAGUCCAAAACAAUGAAAGGUAAUGUGAACACGAGGAGAGUCUUGUGUGUGAAGACUGAAUUGAGACCCAAAAUAUGAUUCUAAUAUUACAUUAUUAUGCUGCUUUGUACUGGUAAAUACACAAAUGCACCAAAUCCUAAUCCUCUAGGACACAGUGGUUGCACCCAAUUGGAUUUUUUUUUUGUGCUCUAGUUCUUCACCUUGUGCCAUUAAUCUGUUUACAAACUUUCUACUUGUCUUACAGUACAUCAUCACUGCUACAUUGUGAUAUCGUUGCAAUUGUUUCAUGAAUGUUUUUUUUCUGCUCCUUGGUAUAGGUAUGACAUGUAUUUAUAAGGGAAAACAUAUGCAAUAUUUACGCAUGUUGUAUGCAUUUUUGUAAGCGAGACGGUUAAUCGGUUUAUUUACAUUUUCAAAAUCCAAAUUUAACAGUGAAUGUGGAGUCCACUGUGGACACACACAUUUACUCACUCGAGGCUGCUGCACUGACAUAGCAAAUAAGCAUCGGAUCAAACUUUGGCACACUCACACUCUCCACCGGAAUAAUAAUGUCAGAUGCUCACAAAUCAUAUUACUAAAACUAUGCAAUGAAUUCCAGAGAGACAAUAAACAAUGCUGACCCUGCCAAGUCCAACAUGUACACUUACUGGCUACAUAUUUUUCAUAAAAUCAUACAUAAGCAGCCUUAUCCAAUGAUUGCCUUUAUUUAGCAUAAAUUCACAAAGCAUUAACAUUGGAACUAAAAGCAUUUAUCAAGAUUACACAAAACUAUUAUGGUGAUGGUUUAUUUCUUUUGUACGUGUUACUGUCUUGGUGUUACGAAUGUCUGCAAUUUCAUCUUUGUGGUGUACAAUUUGCAUGUUUGGAAUAAAUGUUACCAGGCAU